UUACAGCGCAGCUUUUGCUCCACGUUAGCAUAGUUGAUUUGACGAGCAGUGAAUAGGAAUAAACUUGUGCAAUUUUGUUAACAACAGUUUGAUAAUUUUGUAAAAAAAACAUUUUGUGCCACAUCGCGAUUGGCAUGACUGUUUGGAGGCGAAAGGGCGAGCGACAAGGAUAGCAAUGACCAGGUGGCUAACGUAGCACCGAGGUUAGCCAGCUAGGCAACCAACAUCAGCUGCAGCUAACUUGUCACAAAGCGGUGGUACGUCCAGUCCAGUUAAACAGGUCGGGGAACGAGCGCGGCCAUGGGUGCGGAGAGCAGCGCGGUGAGGAGCUGCAUCCUGGAGGAACCGCUCCUCACCUUGCCCUCCGGACUCACCAUGUACUCGGCGGUGCUCCAGGAUGGAAAGCCCGCUUCUGUGUUUGUUCACAAGCGUGGCAAUGAAGACAAAGUCAACAAAGCUGCCAAGCACCUGAAGACCUUGAGGCACCCUUGUCUGCUACGUUUCCUGUCCUGCUCAGUGCAGGAUGGUGGCAUCCACCUAGUGACAGAACGUGUGCAGCCCCUGGAGCUGCUGCUGGACAGCCUCUCCCCAGAGGAAAUCUGCGCAGGCAUCUAUGACCUCCUGCAGGCACUUGUCUUUUUGCACGAGAGGGGCAAAUCAAGCCACAACAAUGUCUGCAUUUCAUCUGUCUAUGUCAGUGAAGAUGGUCAUUGGAAACUGGGAGGGAUGGAGACUGUCUGCAAGUUCUCUGAAGCAACUCCAGAGUUUCUCACAAGCAUUCAGAAUGUGAGAGAGGCGAGCUGUAUUCCUCCAGAAGAGCAGGUUGAGGACUUUAAAAUGCUUCAGGAUAAAAAUGCUCACUCUCGGGACUGUUACUCUUUUGGAACGAUGGUGGAGACCCUUAUCCCUCUCCUGAAUGGCUAUGUGUCGCAGGAGCUGUCUGACAGCCUGAAGAAGACCCUGCAGGCAGGCCUGCUGAACUCUGACCCCUUGUCUCGACCUCCACUGAGCUCCCUGCUGACUCAUGACUUUUUCAGGAAUGACUUCCUGGAAGUGAUGAAUUUUCUCAAGAGCCUGACGUUGAAGACAGAAGAAGAAAAGAAUGAAUUCUUUAAGUUUCUUUUAGACCGGGUCCAGAGUCUCCCUGAAGAGCUGAUAGCUGCACGCCUUGUCCCCAAACUGCUCAACUCUCUCGUUUUUGCAGAACCCAUGGCUGUCAAAAGCUUCCUUCCUCAUCUUCUAAGGCCAAAGCAGGAUUCCAGUGGUGGUGGUAGCAGUGAAGAAUGCCUGCUGUCUGUGACCCUUUACCGUAAACAUGUGAUUCCUCAGCUUCUCAAGCUCUUCAAGGUCAACGAGGAACACGUGCGGGUCGUGCUACUGGGUCACAUCCACAUCUAUGCUGAGUUCUUCUCCCACGAUGAGCUCAAAAGCCAGAUCCUGCCUCAGGUUUUGUUAGGAAUGAGAGACACCAAUGAUUCUCUGGUUGCCAUGACGCUGCAGAGUCUGGCAGUGUUGGUGCCUUUGCUAGGAGCUCAAGUGGUGGUUGGAGGAGAGAGAACCAAGGUCUUUAAACGCACCACACCCAACUUCACCAAGUCUACGGAGGUCACGCCUGAAACUUCACCUGUCCAUAUUGUUGGAGGUUCCCACCCUCAGUUGGCCCAGCCUUCCAAAAUCCUGAAUUUAUUCCCCAGACCGUCAGGGACUGAAGGCUUGGUCCUGGGUAAUAUGAAUAGUUUAGCAGGUAGUAGGGAGACGCCAAAAAGCUACCCCCUGGCACCAAAAUCAGAUGUGAGUAGACAGAUGUCUCUUCCUUUGAACAGCCUUAAUCAGGACAAUGAGAUGGAGCCACUGUCAUACAGCCCAGAGCAGCCAGACAGACUAGAAGGCCCCGUGGAAGACUGGCCUGACUGGAGCGACCCCGAAGAAAGCGAGAACAGAGGUGGACAGUCAGUCCAGAUCCACAUUCAGGCGUCAGAAAGAAUAGAUCCAGGCAGAAGCAGACGGCCACACUCACACCAGAACAUGGAGGAGGAGCCGUGGGACGACUUUGAGGACACUGAACCUACCUCAGAUCUUUCCCCUACUGCUCCUUUAUCAGACCCAGCUAUACUCACACCACCCAGAGGGGGCACUACUACGUCACCUGUAAAACAUGCUCCUGAAGCACUGAGAUUGGGGUCCUCUAAACCCCUAAAGCUGACCUCAACAUUGCGACAAUCCACACAGAGCAGGAUCACUUCCUCAUGGGACAAUGGCUGGGCUCAAGAGGAGAGGGACUCUGAGAAAUCACACAGCCCAUUUGACCCGAACCCCAAACCUACAGUGCCACAAAAGAAUGGUGGGAUAGGAGGUUUAGGGGAGGAGUUCACAAUUAAGGUGAAGAAAAAGGUAGAGCAAGACCCAGAGCUGGAUUUGUUUGCUGACAUGGUGCCGGACAUCAAGAUGUCUUCUCCAGCUCUGCUGCCACUGGAAGAAAGUGUGAGCGAUGCAGGACUGUCUGCAUUGUCCUCAGUAAACAAUAAAUCUCUGCAGGUUGACUCAUCCAUCGAUACCAUAACACUCACUGCCAAGUUCGCAGCUGCCAACCUGACAGAGAUGGAAACAGAUGGCUGGGGAGAUGGAGAUGACCUGAACUGGGAGGAUGAGAGUGCCUGGUGAUGACAACUGAUCCGUCUGGUUUAUCUACAGCAAAAGACUUGAUCACUGGACCUCUGGAAGCGCCAAAUUACAGCCAACUGGUUGCUGCUCCAGCUUUUAGCAGCAUGAGGCAGUAAGAAUAAUAAUGACAGGGAUGGGCUAGAACAUUUUAAAUCCUAUUCUCUUGGUCCCUGGACAUUUAUUAUAAGUAUGUUCAUCAAAAUGGAAGGAUUGGCUGCUUAUCAGAUAUUGGCAGACUUGGACAAAUGAAGCUGCUUUUAAUAGUUUGCCAACUGAUUUAAGUCACCUAGAAAUCAAUGAGGAUCUUAAUCAGAGGUGAAUGUCAUCCUGUUUUCAUCUGCUUUUUUUUUUUUUUUUUCUUCUAAAUGUGCCAACUUCACUACUGGCAUUAAGAUCAAGACACUUUUUGGUAGGAUGCAACUUGUCCAAAAUGUGUUAGGUUUGAUUUACAGAAGGCUUGCACUUUGAAUGAAUGUGGAAUAGGAAUUACCUAAUUUAUUAGUAGCUUUUUGGUUGCUGGUGAAAUAAAGA